UGAGCGGGGAAAAACGGAAAAAAAAUUAUUUUUAUUUUGCGUCAUUGGCGACACAGCCAUUCCAAGAAAAAGGGAACUCCCAGCAGAGAAAGGACGGAUCGUCGGUGGGGGUCGCCCGAUCGCAGAUCACUCCCUCUCUCGCCGAUAUGACUCAGUCGUUUCAACCUGUUAUCCUUUAACCAUCCGUUUGUUCACAUUUCACAUCUCCUCAUGAAAUUGUCGAAAUAGGCCCUGACCCCUCAGGAAAAGGAGAUUCCCGUUUCCUGUAAGAUGGGAUCGAGGAUACGGGAGAAUGUCUAUCAUUUGUUCGAGUGUUUCUGCGAGGUGGUCAAGCCUCAGGCCGGCGUCAAGGAUGCUUGGAUCAUCCAAAAGUUCCCGGACUCCUACAAAGACGAGGAGGUGCUCAAGUCCGUACCGCAGUUCUCGUAUCCUUGCGAAUUUGACAACUCUGUGAUACAACAUUACUCAUUUGUCUUAACAAGCGUCGAUUCAAAAUGGACCUUCGGCUUCUGCAGACACGACCCAAAGUCUUCGACUGCCGUUGUCAUCCUAAGUUUUCUCCCAUGGCACGAAGCCUUUUAUGAAAUGUUGAACAAAAUAUCUGAACUGAUUCACAACCACACGCAGACAGAUUUUCUAACUCCGUUCCUCUCGCAUGUAUACUCUAGCAAAGUACCUGAUCCUGGAACGACUAUGGAAUAUCCGUUAAACAAUGGCACUAAUAAUAUGUUUAAAUGUCAUGCUCCUAAGCAAUUUCAACUACCAAGCAUACCUGAAAAUAGGAAUUUAACGGAAUAUUACAAUGCAGUCGACUGUGAUAAUAUGAUAACAAUAUUUGCCUCGAUGCUCUAUGAACGGAGGAUAGUUUUCACUUCAAAAAAACUCUACAGGUUGAGCGCAUGCGUGCAAGCUGCUAAUGCUAUAAUCUAUCCGAUGAACUGGCAGCACAUUUUCAUCCCUGUCCUUCCGUUGAAUCUAGUCGACUAUCUCCUUGCCCCUAUGCCUUAUCUUAUAGGUGUGCCAAAUGCUCUUCUUGAUAAAGUGAGAAAAGUCGAUGUUGGAGAUGUCGUUAUCCUGGAUGCCGACAACAAUUCUGUAGAAACACCAUUUGAUGAUGUCUCGAGUCUUCCACAAGAUGUUGUAAAACAAUUGAAAACGCAGCUUCGUAACAGGGCGGCUCUUCUGGGAGAUGGGGUCAGUCGGGCGUUCCUUAGGGCGUUGGUACACCUGAUAGGAGGCUAUCGAGACGCGUUGAAUGUCCACCAAGGGGAAAAGAUAACAUUCAACAAGGACGCUUUUGUCGAAUCGAGGCCUCCGAACAUUCAGCCGUUCCUUCGGAAAAUGCUUGAUUUGCAAAUAUUCCAACAAUUUAUUGAUGAAAGGUUAGCGAUGUUGAAUGCUGGGCUUGGUUUCUCGGACGAAUUUGAACACGAAGCGUGGAACUACUGUGAUAAGAACAGUUCACGAUUAAAAAAUCAAUACAAAGAAUGGACAAAUGCCAUGAAAAAAGAAGGAAGUGCAUUUUUCAAAAGUGUAAAAACGAGAGCAAAUCCAGCAGUGAAAUCUGCAGUAAAAACUGCUAAAGAAAGAGGAAAAGACUUAGGGAAAGCAUACAAAGGAAUAAAAUCAAAGUUUAAAGAUUUUGGAGAAGAUAAAGGACGGCCUAGAAGUCAGAUAUCAACUUCAUCCGGUUCAUCGUCAUUUAGAAAAGAUCUACUUACAAAACAAAGAAGAAGUGCUGCACCUGAUAUAAGUCAAAGCCAAGCACCAUACACUGUUUUAACUCCAACCUCUCCUGAUCAUGGGGAAUGUUCAAAUCUGCAGCUGUCUCCUUUGAACAUGGAUUUGAUGGGAGACCUGCAAGAUGUCCUUUUUAAUAAGUGUUCCCUACUUGACACUCCGGUUCAAACGCCAAAUAAGAUCAAGCCAGUGAGGAGCUUUGACAAUUUCAAAACCGGGAAUGGAACAGUACUAGAUAAUUCAAUUUUUGGUGAAUCAGCAGCUGCAGGGAGUGAUGACAGUGUUUUCCUUUUAGGCGCCAAAACGGAACAUGUUCAAAAACUAACUCCAACACAUAAAUCUCAAGUAAAAUCAUCAAGUAGUGAUACAGUCGAUUUGAUUCGUCUUGAUUCGACCCCGAGCGAUGAAUUUGAUCCGUUGGAAAACGGCGAACUUGUCGGGCACAGUUUAACAAACCCACUUUAUCCGUAUUAUACAUCUCGGCAAGCAUCAGACACACAUCGGGAUAUGGAUUUACUUAGAGAGUACGGCUUAGAUUUUAAUAGCAUAUCCUCGGCACCGCAGCCUCUAGCCCAGGCUGCUCAAAGCAAUUGGACUAAGUUUGAAUAAAUGGGUGGUAUUCACCGAUAUCUUCCAUAUUUGGCUUCCUUCAAUCCCCAAAACAAUAUUUUAAUUUAUUUAUUUUAAUUCAUAUCAGAUCGGCAAUAUAUAUUACAAUUUAAUUCA